AUGGGCGAGGAUACUACGCACUCACAUCAUGCCGUGGAGAAGGAUAUCCCAGAGGAUAAGCAUUUGAAGCAGGUUCCCAAGCAGGAUGAGUUGAGGAACAAGGCUGCGCCUAAUGCUCCCUACUUCACACCUGAGCAAUCCCCCCCUGCUGGCACCGCGUUGGGCAUGCUGGAUGGCAGCAGCAAGAUUCCCAAACUCUUCCAGCCACUCAAGCUGCGCGGUCUCCAACUGCAGAACCGUCUCGCGCUUUCGCCUCUGUGCCAGUACUCUGCCCAGGAUGGCCAUCUGACGGACUGGCACCUCACCCACUUGGGCGGAAUCAUCCAACGUGGCCCUGGAUUGGCCCUCGUCGAAGCUACAUCCGUCCAAGAGAAUGGCCGCAUCACCCCAGAAGACUCUGGGCUAUGGAAAGACUCGCAAAUGGCGCCUCUGAAGCGCAUCGUCGACUUUGCCCACUCCCAAGGCCAGAAAAUCGGCAUCCAGCUCGGCCACGCAGGCCGCAAAGCCAGCACCGUCGCCCCCUGGCUCAGCAAAGGCGACAUCGCCACCCCCGAUCUAAACGGCUGGCCAGAUGACGUCCACGGCCCCUCGGCCCUCGCGUUCAAUGACCACCACUGCACACCCAAAGCCAUGACACUGUCCGACAUUGAGGCCUUGAAAUCCGACUUCCGCGCCGCCAUCCAGCGCGCCCUGAAAAUCGGUUUCGACACGAUUGAAAUCCACAAUGCCCACGGCUACCUCUUACACUCGUUCCUCUCCCCAGCCUCAAACACGCGCACAGACGCCUAUGGCGGCUCGUUUGAAAACCGCACCCGACUCACGCUCGAAAUCGUAGACAUUGCCCGCCAAACCAUUCCCAACGACAUGCCCCUCCUCCUACGCAUCAGCGCAACCGACUGGCUCGAAGAAGCCGGGAUCGAGGGCUGGACAGUCGAGCAAACGGUACGUCUAGCCGAGAUCCUCGCCUCAAAGGGCGUCGACCUCCUCGACGUCUCCUCUGGCGGCCUUCACGAAAAACAGCACAUUCACGCCGGCCCGGGCUACCAGGAGCCGUUUGCAAAGGCGGUCAAGGACAAGGUCGGCGACAAGAUGCUCGUUGGCACCGUGGGCAAUAUUACCAGCGGUAAGCAGGCGAAUGCCUACCUCGAGCGGGAUGAUUUGGACCUCGCUUUCAUCGGCCGCAUGUUUCAAAAGAACCCGGGGUUCGUGUGGCAGUGUGCGGAUGAGUUGGGGGUUGAGGGUCGCUGGGCGAAUCAGAUUCGGUGGGGAUUUGGAGGGAGGGGGAAGAAAUAG